AGAUGUCCUGAAUUGUUUACUGAUGAUAAAAGCCUGUUAGCGGAUGAAUAUGAAUUAGACAUAAAAAGAUUGAUCAUGUCUGAGAUUAUUGGGGAAGGUGCUUUCGGCAGAGUCUUUAAGGCAACAAUGUCUCCAGAAAAAAUUACCAAAUCGUCCACUGGAAGGGUAGUUGCAGUUAAGUUUUUAAGAGUGCACGCUCUACCCGAGGAACGUCGUAAUUUAUUACUUGAGAUUGACGCAAUGAAGCAGUUAGGUCAUCACCAGAACCUUAUUAGUAUCAUCGCUUGCUGUACCACUGGUCCAGAAAUCUGCCUAGUUAUGGAUUAUUGCCCUUUAGGGGAUUUGAGAAAUUAUCUUCGCAGUUUUCGACAAACGGUAGAACCGAGUAAAGAUGCUGAUUUCAAUCCCACCACCUUGUUGUCAUAUGCCAGACAAAUUGUAAUGGGAAUGGAAUAUUUAGCGGAGAAGAAAUUUGUACAUCGAGACCUGGCCACCCGAAAUAUUCUUCUGUCCACUAAACAACUACUUAAAAUCACAGACUUCGGUUUGACCCGAGAUGUUUACGAAACUAACAUGUAUCAACCGACGUCUAGUCGGAAGUUGCCUUAUAAAUGGAUGCCCUUAGAGACCAUCUUUGAUCAAGUCUUCACUGUCAAAAGCGAUGUGUGGUCGUUUGGAAUUGUCUUAUGGGAAAUUGUAACUCUGGGUGGCUGUCCGUAUCCUGGUAUUCCGAAUGAAAAUCUUUUCAAAUUGUUAAAAGAUGGUUACCGCAUGGAGAAACCAGAUAAUUGCGGACAGGAACUAUAUCAAAUGAUGUUGGCGUGUUGGCAUCCUACACCUUCUAAUAGACCGACAUUUAGACAGUUACGCCUGAAACUAGAGGGGUUAUUAGAAGCUACCCAGCCAUAUAUCGAUUUAAGUGUUAUGAUUAGUGAUGAUUAUUAUCAGCCUGAUAAUUCUUCAAGUAAUGACACCAUACUACAGAAUAAUAGUUUUAAAUUAUCGUUUAAGUGUGACGAUCAUUCAUGGCCGCAAGAUCCUAAUAUCGACCAACAAGAACGUUACAUUGAGCUGCCGAAAACAACCACUAGUUUAUCGGGAUUGCCAUCACACGCUCAAAGUUCGGCACACUCGUCUUCCGAAUAUGUCGUCAAUGGUAAUUGGAAGGGGAAAGGAAAGGCUAAAUCGAGCAUUGAACUGAGAAACACGUCUUGUCCACCCACGAAGUGUUCACGCAGAAAAAUUCAUAAUGGAAAUUGCUCAAAAUCGAACUUGUACACAACACCGUAUUCACGAAUACCUAUCAAAAUCUCGAGAUCAUAUAAUGACGUCAGUGAUUCAACAAAACGAAAGAAAAGGUCAAAACCUGGACAGAACGGAAGUGAAAAUAUAGAUAAUAGCGAUGCGCAUGAACAUAUGAAUGUGAGUCAUGAGAGUAGUUCUAAUCUUACUUGUAGUGAAGGCGUAGGAAGUGAUGACAUUGACAGCUCUUUCUCUUCACUAAAUUAUUCCAAAUCAGUGUUUCAUACACCAUCGCUAAAACAUGGAUUACUUAAUCUGCUGAGUCGCGUCGGUCGUCGACGUCUCGGUAAUUCCGAUUGGAGAAAGUCAUUUAGUUUAACGGAAGUGUCGAAUAUCCACAUGGCCAAUAACGUAGACAUAAAAUUGGGCUCAACAUCCGCCAUUUAAAAUUUGAUUACAUUUAUUAGCAUUUCAUGCCUCUAUUUAAUAAAAAUUUACCGUAAUAUAUUUAGCUGCCUUCAUCAACUGCCUUAAACUAUAUAAAAUUAAUGGUUAUUGUGAUUUGAUUGUUGAAGCAUAAUGCAUAUUGAUCAAAGUGUAAACAGGUUAAUUUUGUAAUACCUACGUUGAUGAUACGCUUACCCGAUAACCAGAUGAGGAGUUCGGCGAAUUCCAUAUAUUGUUUGUGCUUUUAAAUCGGUGUGCCGUGUGUAUUAAACUGCUGUUACUGUCCACCGCCUUUUUUUGUGUUCGUCUGUAUGCCCGCCUAUCUUCCCGUGCAUACCUUGACUGGGCAUCUACUACCUAGACUAAGCAGAUAUAAACAAUUUGAUAUACGGAUGCUUUGUGACACUAUAGAGGAUAUUGAAACUUGGUACAUGUAUUUAGCUCCAUUACAUCAUUACCACGACAAAGUUCAUCGAUGAGCAUUUUCUACUUUGGCAAAGUAGAGAUCAGCGGUAUGAUUGCUCGAUGCUUUACAAAAAGAUAAAUUUUCAAGGAAGUAGCAUUUGCCAUAAUUAAUUUGGGAUUGAGGUUUGUAUAUAUCUGGUAAAUAUUGAACCUGUGUGUUUUAAAUCGCUUAGAUUCCGAUAAAACAUUCACGUACGUUCCGAAUCAGUUUUCAUUCUAAAAUUGCUUUCCUCUCCAGGGACACAGAA